GAUCAACUAAUGAAAUAAACGCAAUCAACGGUUUCACUUUCAACAACCUUGAACCUUCAUCUUCACUCCCACAACACCAACAAUUCUCAGCAGAAAUGGGUGCACAGAGACAACAAACCGAAGAAGAAGAACAUCAAUCUCCAACAACAAGAACCUACUGGCGAUGGAGCAAGCAAGACUUCUUCCCCGAGCCUUCUUUCCAAAACUUCACUUCCUACAGGUCCGCACUCUCCCAAACAUACCCCCGCCUCAAAAACCGCCUCUUUUCUCGUUCCACAGACGCCAACGAACUCAUCACUCUGCAAAAAGAAAGUGAAAAAACCCUUCAAAAAUGCCUCACUUGGUGGGACUUAAUCUGGCUAAGUUUCGGCUCCGUCGUCGGCUCCGGAAUAUUCGUCAUCACCGGCCAAGAAGCUCAUGACCACGCCGGACCCGCCAUUGUUUUAUCCUAUUUAGCUUCCGGGGUCUCCGCACUGCUCUCUGUGUUUUGCUAUACAGAGUUUGCCGUUGAAAUUCCCGUUGCAGGUGGGUCCUUUUCGUAUCUUCGUGUUGAAUUAGGCGACUUUAUUGCUUAUAUUGCAGCUGGGAAUAUUCUUCUAGAAGCUGUUGUUGGUGCGGCCGGGUUAGGGAGGUCUUGGUCUUCGUAUUUGGCGAUUUUGGUGCUUUUGGUUGCUAAUGGGAUAGCAAUGAGUGGGACGAGGAGGACUUCUUGGUUGAAUUGGGUUAGUUCUAUUGUGACUGCUUGUGUGAUUGUGUUUGUUAUUGUUGUUGGGUUUGUUCAUGGCAAGAGUUCAAAUUUAGUGCCAUUUUUACCUUUUGGUGCAAAGGGGGUUUUUGAAGCUGCAGCUGUCGUUUAUUGGUCUUAUACUGGUUUUGACAUGGUGGCAACCAUGGCUGAAGAGACUAAGCGUCCUGCAAGGGAUAUACCGAUUGGUUUGGUUGGUUCAAUGUCUAUGAUUACUGUGAUUUAUUGUUUGAUGGCUUUGGCAUUGACCAUGAUGGUAAAGUAUACCCAAAUUGAUGUAAAUGCUGCAUACUCGGUUGCUUUUGAACAAAUUGGCAUGAAAUGGGCUAAGUAUUUGGUGAGUGUGUGUGCACUUAAGGGAAUGACUACAAGUUUGUUGGUGGGAUCGCUUGGGCAAGCUCGAUACACGACUCAGAUUGCUAGAGCUCAUAUGAUUCCUCCCUGGUUUGCUCUAGUUCACCCAAAAACUGGAACACCUAUUUAUGCUACUUUGUUGGUAACCAUUCUUAGUGCCAUUAUUGCAUUUUUCUCUAGUUUAGAUGUCUUGUCAAGUGUUUUCUCUUUUAGUACGCUCUUAAUUUUUAUGCUUGUGGCUGUUGCAUUGCUUGUGAGGCGAUACUAUGAGAAGGAUGUUACUCCAAAGAAUGAUUUGGUUAAGUUUUUAGUGUGUCUGUUUGUUGUAAUUGCUUCUUCUUUAGGUGUAACAGCAAUCUGGAAUUCAAAUGGGAAGGGUUGGAUUGGGUAUGUGAUAACUGCAGUGCUUUGGUUUUUGGGAACUCUGGGAAUGGUAUUGCUUCCAAAGCAGCGUGUUCCAAAACUUUGGGGGGUUCCUUUAGUUCCAUGGUUACCAUCAUUGUCAAUUGGGAUGAAUUUAUUUCUAUUAGGGUCAUUGGGUUAUGUGGCAUUCUGGAGGUUCUUAAUUAGCAGUGUAGUAAUGCUUGUGUAUUAUGUGUUGGUUGGUCUUCAUGCUACUUAUGAUGUGGCUCAUCAGAACCAAGAAGAAUCAAAACUUGACGAAGGCCUGUGA